UUUUUGCCUUAUUGACUGGUGGUUUAGUGUCUUUAAUCGCGUGGAGUUGGGGGGGCAUCAGCUGAUUUUGACAGAUGUCAGGUUUGACAAGAUGGCGCUUGGAAGUUUUACGAGUUUUUAGACAAAGGAUCGUUCGAUUUAAGAGAAAAAGAAUAAACAGUUUUGAUUUGUUGCUUGUUGUGUAUUAUUGUUGAUUAAAGACUGGUUUUUAUUGAUUGCGGAAAAUGCUGACGCUCAACGUUGUUCCUGAACGUUCUUUGGGCUGUGAACAGUGGGAGUUUAUUGUAGGAAUGCAUUUUUCCCAGGCUAUUGCAAUUAUUCAGUCCCAAGUGGGCAACAUAAAGAAUGUACAAGUCCUCUAUAACGAUACUAACCCUUUAGACAUAGACCUCGUUCUUAAUUUACCCCAGGACGGCAUUAGAUUAUUUUUUGACCCCAUUUCACAGCGGCUAAAAAUAAUCGAAAUAUACUGUAUGAAAUUAGUCAAGUUAAAAUACUGUAACCUCCCAUUUAACUCGCCAGAAGUACUGCCAUCAAUCGAACAAAUUGAACACUCAUUCGGUGCCACUCAUCCAGGAGUAUAUGAUUCGGAGAAGGAGCUAUUCAUAUUGAAUUUUCGGGGACUUUCGUUCUAUUUUCCAGUCGAAUCAAAAUUCCAGUCUGGAAACACCCAUAAUCUGGGUUCUCUCCAAUUCCCCCCAGGGAGUUCCCCGCUAGUGUCACGCAUGACGAUUUACUACGGCUCAAAUAUCGAGCAGGCCUGCGCCCCCGAACUGCCCCUGUCUUGUUACCACGGCCAAUUGUACCUCCAAAAGGCCGAAAUUUUGAGGGGCGAGUGCUACACCAGAGGAGUCAAGCUCAGCCUCCUUGCAGUUAACCGCACGGUUAUUACCAAUAAGAACAAAUUAAUUAGGCCGGUAAAAGAGAUGAGGUUUAGCUCAAACAACCGUCGAAUGGACUCAAAAAUCCAAUUCGACCGUGAGAUCCUCUUGGGGCACACGGCCCAAGACGUGGCCACGGCUUUAGGGGCCCCCAAUGAAGUCUUCUAUAAAAGUGAGGACAAAAUGCGGAUUCACACCCCCAACGCCCUGCGUCGCGACGCCGACACUAAGAGCGACUAUUUCUUCAAUUAUUUCACGUUGGGAUUGGACGUCCUGUUCGAUGCCCGUUCGCAUUUGGUGAAAAAAUUGGUCAUGCAUACGAAUUAUCCAGGCCAUUACAAUUUCAACAUUUACAUGAGAUGCGAAUUUAAGUUGGCGCUGAAUGGCGCCGAUAUCGACGCCUACUGCCAUUGGGACGAUAUCUGUAAACAACUGACGCCAAGUGAACGACCGGUUGUCUUAAAUAGGGCUAGCUCCACUAAUACGACCAAUCCGUUCGGGAGCACCUUGUGCUAUGGCUAUCAGGAUAUCAUCUUCGAGGUGAUGCCCAACAACCUGAUCGCCUCCUUGAGCGUGUACGGUGAUGGAAGGCCGUACCAGAGCGAAUCAGAGCAUGCGUGACAGAGGCUCUCUGCCACUUACCUCAUUCUGGCAAACAGGUACUGGCAACCGUAAGAAUCUAAUCCCCUACAUCCCUAGUAUACAACAUGUACAGUUAACGUCAAUAUCUAGUAACGGAUUUAUAGCUUAAUUGUAAGGUUAAUUACUCUAGUUAAUUGAAAAAAUUAACCAAAAAAAAUUCAAAAGUGUGAUGAAAACCAAAAAAAUUCAAUAAAUGAAAAAAUUGGUAAAAAAAUUGCAAGCCCUGGCUAGUAUAAUUAGCUUUGUGAAAUUGUGAGCUUAAAGAGCGCAGGGUGAUGUGUUCAAUUUCGUUUUUGCCAUUUGGAAGUUUCCCUGUAAAUAUAUUUCAACUUUUGUCCACACAAUAAUAAUGGUUUCAAAACCAAAGAAAAAUGUAAAAAGUUUUUAUAGGACGUUGCGUUUCAGUUUGUGAGCGUUUUUAUUAAGCAAUAAGUGUGUAGUAAUUUAUGUUUAAUUUAUGUAACGGAUCACCUGAGCGGUAUUUAAUUUGCGCAUUACUGCAGUAAUGUUUUUCCAAUUCAGUUUGUACAUUAUUGUAUCAAUAAAUAUUACCGUAAGUUAGUCAUACUGAUCUGGUUUGUUGCUUCUUUUCGAAAUCAACGGCCGGACUUGCAUUCGGUGCAUUUGUUUCGUGAUAUGACGCCAGUACAUCGGGGAUUCCCACAGGUCUCCCGACACGCAUGCAAGUCCGCCGUUCGUGUGACCAACUGUUUAUAUUUAUUUAUGUGAUUACGCUCUUGAGACAGUAUAUUUUUAUAUUUAAUCAUAAUCAUUUCAGAUCUCAUAAGGCUUUAGUUUUAAAACAAAAUAAAAAUGUGAUUCAUGUCAUUUAUACAAAUAAAAAACUUCAAAAACC